AUGAACCCCUAUGAUUCCCAUUUCAUCACAUAUACCCCUUGUCAGCUUCCUGUCUCCCCGGCUAAUGCCAAGACAGGCAAUCGCAUGAUUUCAAAAGGGUACGGGGAUGUGGUCAUGGAUCUCGAUGGCCAUGAGGAUUCGCCAGUCACCUACAUCAUUCUCAAAAUGUCUGGCUGGUUCCGGAGUUAA